AUGAAGGGACUCGCCGGCGCGGCCGUUGCCGGGCGACGGGCGGGGCCGGGCCCGGGGCUCUCGCCGGGGCUCUCGGAGGGCAGGACGGCGGCCUCGGGCACUGCGAGGCGGCAGCGAGACGCCGCCGCCAUGUCGGGGGCGGGCGCGGCCGACUGGGUGGCGCAGAAUGAGCUGCAGGAAGCGAUUUCUGCUCAUGCAUCAAGUGAGCAAACAGAUGAGUACUCGGACGACUUUGAGAGUGAUGAAGAUGGCAUGUUAAAUGGUAUUGAUGAAGAACUUACUGAAGGUAAUUCAGGUGCUGCAAGCACUGGUAAAUCCAUUGUUGUUGAGAGUCCUCUCUUGAAUGAUGAUGCUUCACAAAAACUAGCAGAUUUGGAAAAUGAAGCUGCUGAUGACUUGACUUUAUCCUUUCAUGAAAAGAAACUUAAGAAAAUAAUGGUUUCAGAAGGUGAUAAUAUACCAGAUGACAGAAAAGAUGGUAAAGAAGAAUGUUUGGAAGGUCAAAAUGAGGGUAAUGACAGAAAAAAUAAUGAAGUGCUUUCAGCUGCUGAAGAAGUACCCUGUGAUAAUAGUGAAAGUGAUGCCUUGCCUAUUCAUGAACUACAUAAAAAAAGAAGUCAAGAGGAAAAGCAACCAACAGCAAAGCCACGGCUGCACAAACAAAGAAAUGCUCCAGCAUCAGAUCAAGAUCAGAAGACUGUCAACACCAGUGACUUCAAACUGGAGGACAACAAUAGAAAAUCUUCUGUGAUAGAACAAAUGAUGACCACAAUGUAUGAGAAGACAAGGGAAUUGGAGAACCCAACAGCUGACAGUUCAGAUGGAACAGUGAAAGUAGGAGAAGGGCAAAUAAUAACUGAUACAAUGCAAGAGAUAUCAAUGAAUGGUCAAUCUGAACAUAGGGAGGCAAAGAAUGCAUCAAAGAGCUCUGUCAAGAAGCCAAGUGAAACAAAGGAGAGAGUUUUACAAGACUCAAAGGCUUCUUUAUCUGACAGGUCUCCAUCUUCUGUACACCUAAAGACAAAGGUGAAGGCUGUUCCAUCAGCUACACCUGUUUUAUCUCAAUGUCUGGGAACAUUAAACCUGUUGGAGAAUAAAUGCGUGGAGAAGAAAAGAACAGAAUUUGACAAAGCAGAUAGUUUAAGAGCAGCUGUUUUUCAGAAUUGGUUGGAAAAGAAAAAGCUCUUCCUAAUGGAAUUAAGGAGAACUGAGAAGGAGAAAGCUGAAAAUCUCAGAAACGAUACUGAAAAGAAAGAAGCACUUAGAAGAGAGGAAUCAAUUGCAUGUUUUGAAGCCUGGAAAGAAAAGAAAGCAAGAGAAGCAAAAAAGUUAAGUGAAAAAAAGAAGCUUGAGGAAAAAACCCCAGCAGAACAGAAUAAAGAGAAAACAGAAGCAGCACAGGCAUUCAAAGGAUGGAAAGAAAAAAAAGUGGAAUAUUUAAGAGAGCAAAGCAGAAAGGAAAAAGAAUCUGAAAGAAUCAGGAAGGAGAAAGAAGAGGAACUAAUUGCAGAGAAGAGGAGAAUCAGCAUAUCAGCAGUUGAAAAAUGGAAUGAAAAGAAGGAAGAAUAUAUAAAAAAGAAGAAAGUAGAAAAAAUCCUAGAGAGGAAAAAGCAAGAAAUGCAACAGGCAAAGAAGGAAGAAAAAAAUGAAAAGGCUAUGGAGGAAUAUGAAAGAUGGCUGGAAAACAAAGAGAGGAGAGAGGAGCUUGAGAAGAAGCAAAGGAAGUUGCAGUCUGUCCAUGGGAAUGAAAUGAGUCCUCCCUGGAGGCCACCUGGCAAAGUCACAUAUUCAGGGAAUUACUGAGAAGUUUAUUGCCCUGUGGAAGAAAACAUAGUCCACAAAGUUCUGACAAUGACUAGUCGCUAUUUCAUUAACAGUUGAUUUUCACUGGAUCCAUUGUAGGUGUUACAUUCUUUCUUUUUAGUUUAUUUGAUCUCUACAAUUUAAAUAAAUCGCUUGUCUCUUUCCACUGCUUUAGAAAACGUACUAAUUUUUCUAAUUCCACAUUUGAUGUAGUUUUGCUAUAUUCUAUGCUACUUCAUACCUUUUUCGUGAAAGUGUAUAUUCAGGAUGAAUAAGGCUGGACUCUGGCAUUUUUUUCACCCAAUAGGUAGCAGAAUGGUUAUUUUUAAGUUACUAGGCCACACUUUUGAGGAGUUAAGUCUUGAAGAAAUGCUUGGAGGAGGCGGUGGGGUGUGGAGAUGAUGGGCAAGGAGAUGUUGGUUCUCCUGUGAUGGUAAAAGACAAAACGCUAAGGAGUAUGGUAGGAGGAUGUCAUUUUCAUACAUGGAGAGAUAAAGUACAGAGAAAAUAAACUUAGAUUAUGUUACAUUAUGAAAUAUAAAUACAGCUCCUAAAUUAAAACUGCACCUAGCAGAAGCAGGUUUUCAUGGGGCCAAAAGCAGUCAGCCAUGUGAUGGUACAGAAGAAUUAAACUGGAAUCCAUAUAAUGUAAAAUGAUAUAGGACUAAGUAAGAUUGUAGCUGUUAAUUCCCUUUCAGAUCUUCAUAUACAUUCCAUAGAUUCCCUGCUUCCUUCAUGAUAAAAUAGUUUUAGAGACAUGUUCACACAAAAUCUUGCAUAAGAAUUGCAAGGGCAGAACAGUGGUACUCUUGUGAGGCAAACUUAGAGACAGAAAUAUUUUUUUUUGGAACUUAAUUUAAAGGCUUCUGUGAUUGUUUUUAAAAGAUCAAGUAAAUCCUCCCCAAACACAUUUUCAUCAUUGCUAAUGAACAGGUUCCUGUAGUAAAUGAAUACAUUUUUUUCUUUUUUUUUUUUUUUUGGCUAUUUGCCUCACUAUUCUGGAAGCAAUGGCAAGACUAUGUGGCUUUCAAGAUCUUCACAUCUCGUUUGCCUGCUGUCUAAACUCAAGCUGUUACUUUUGUUUGUGUUUUCUUAUUUGAACUUUAAUAAUCACUCCAGAUCAGAUAUGCUCCUCAAAUGUGUAUUCUUUAAAACAAAACAAAACUAGUAUCACCAACCAAGAAGUAAAAAAACAUCCUGGUCUUUAAUUUAUGGAUAUAUUUUCUCAAAUGAAAAUCUUGCUCCUGUUUAGACUGGCAGCCUCCUUGGGAAGUAAAAGGAGCAUAUGAGAAGUAGACUUUUCUUUUUCACUAGAGUUCUGUCCUGUUCGUAAAUCUCUGAGAUAGUCCUUAAGUGUGCGUUUCAUGUAAAACUGGGGCAUCUCCUUAGAAAAGAAAAGACAAAUAGAAAAGACUGACAAUCAAAUUAAUUUUUUUAGUUUCCUGAUGUUUCUUGCUUGGCUUUUUUUUUACAUUGUAAUGAGAGCGACUGAGGAUUUAGAGGCAUUUGUUUUGGCCAUAAUGGUUUCUAUUACCCAAGUGCUGUACAGGUGAAAUUUAUUGCUGGUAUGUAUGUACAAAUGAAAUCAAAAGGGUGUCUGUUCUGUCUCAGUAUUCAGUAAGGUCCUGUUCAUUAUUUUACCUUGAAUGGCUCAACUUCCGGUUGCUUUUCAUGUAACUUGCUCAUGGUAGCCCCAUUGCAUAUUGGGAUUUUUGAGCAGAACUCUGCUGGUUCUGGCUCUUGCUUUUAGUUCUGUUUCUUCCUCAAAAAGACAAUUGUGCUGGACCUGGAUUUUAUUCUUUUAUUUGUUUCUAGCUUUCUGUCACUGGGCUGUUCUCCCAUAAAUGUGUGGCUGGAACAGUUUUUUCCACUGAAGAGUUUCAAGAGAAGCCAGGGACCUUAAUGACACCCAUCCUUUGAUUAUAUACCGUCUGCAGGUAAUGCACUCUUGAUGUCUUCCAGUGAACCCUAAUGACAGUAAUGACCUUUUUGAUGCUUCUGUGAGACUCAGGUUUGUGCCAAGAGUCAUCACUCAGAUGCAGAACUUCUGAGCAGGGCAUUGUUCUUGCAGGUUUAUGCUAAGCUCAUCUUCUGUCAUUUGGGAGGAGGAAGACAUUGGUCAUAAGGGAGAGAGGUCAGGAGAGAGGCUGGAGCUUUCAGAAGCACCUCAAAUCCUGUAGUCAACUCUUUCCAAGCUCCUGGAGUCUGGCUGUGUUCCAAGGCCGUUGGUGUUUUUUUUCAGGAAGACUCUCUUUAUGGUAGUACCCAUGCUGAGUUUCCUACACUGCAGUGUUGCAGUGCAUGGCAUUACAGAAGUUCCCAGCUAAGGGAUUCUGCACAUUAGUUAAGGGAUUCUGCACAUUAGCUUUUUGCAGCGAUCAAUAAAUCCAGAUUUUUAUCUAGCAUAAGCCAGACAUUGCAGAUAAGCAAAUAUGUGGCUCUCAUAACCUCCAGGUCUGGCUCUGGCUAUUUCCUUAUGGCAGGCCAGGCAUUUUUUCCAGCAGUAGUGGCAUCAGAUCAACAGUAUUGGCCUUCAAAGGAAAAGAAUCCACUGCCCACAGAAACUUUCAAGAAGCUGAAAAAAUGCCCAGCCAGAGCAGUUUCACUGGUCAACCUAAAAGGUAGGGUAAAAUUACAGAUAGCAGCAGGAGAGGUAGUGGGAUUGCAGCACAGGCAGAAUGUAACAGACUCCCAACUCAAAAGUUACCCACCCAGAUUUUAGAAGAAAAAUAUUGAAUGAAUUCAGGCCUUAAGACUGGAGCUGUGGUGUGCAUCACUGGUCCUCUAGGCUUCUAGAUCUUAGAGCCUUGAAUUCAGGUUUACUUUGUUAAGAAACUCCAGCAAUAGUAUCGUGGGAGGAUGAAAUGUGUAGCAGGCAGCAGAGUUUGCUGUCCAGCAGAUCUGGGAAGUCUGAGACAAGGAAUGCAGUCUGGGACAAGCGAACCAUCUGGAUCUUUAUUUUCACAGUGUCCAGCUGGAGGAAGUAAGGCAGGGCGCUAUGCUGACAGUCCUGUACUUGAGGAAUGCAAAUGAAAAGUGUGGUAGAAUUAGUGGCAGAGAUAAAAAAAAGUUUGUUGGGUGAUUGUGCCUGAGCUGAAUACUGCAUUCUUACUGGCUUUAAGCCUUUAGAUGACUGGGUGGAAGGUUUUUGACAGAAAAUAGAAGUGAGAAGAUGUUGGUGACAUCUUUCAGAGGAGUGAGGAGGCACUUACGUAAGUUCACAACUUCUGAGUUAGAAAAAGAUGCUGAAGAUCUGUAGAUGGGGAAAACAGUUGAUGUAUUUAACUUUUACAGUAAAAUUUUGGGAACUUUGUCUAAUUUUACAUUGUGAAAACUGGGACAUAUUACAUCAUGAUGCAAAUGUCAUAGAAAAAAUAGAGCUGAGAAAUAUGAACAUAUGUACAUUAAUUUAUAAAAAUAUACAGAUAUCUGUAUAAAUCCUAUCUAUAUGUUUUUUGAUUA